AUGACCGUAAACGAGGAGGCCGACGUCCCCAUGUGGCAGGGGAUCGUCGCCAGAAAACGCCGAGAGCAGCAGCAGGCGAUCAAUGAAUUCACUUCCAAGUACACCGCAAGCACUGAUAAAAUUGAUGGCGUGGCAAUUUGUGAUCUUCCGCAUGAAAAACUACGCGAAUUGCUGUCCGAGGGAGAUCUUCAGGCUGAGACGGUGACCAUUGCCUACAUCACCCAAGCGAUAGAGUCUCACAAAAAGACAAACUGUUUGACCGAGAUAUUGUUCGCCGAUGCAGUCGAAAGAGCUCGUGAACUUGACAACCACUUUCGAAAGUUCGGCAAACCUAUCGGGCCACUACAUGGCAUCCCCGUUUCCUUGAAAGACCAGUUUGAUGUGCGUGGACUUGAUUCAUCCCUGGGAUAUGUCGGGCGCGCAUUCUCUCCUCGCCGCGAGGAUGCUGCGGUUGUGACUAUAAUGCGCCAACUAGGCGCUGUCAUUAUUGCGAAGACCAAUUUGCCCCAAAGUAUCAUGGUGAGGCUAUACCAUGCACUCUUCGAUUUAUACGGGUCAAGGAGCUGGCUAACGAGAGGCUUCAAGAUGGCUGAAACCGACAACCCGCUUUGGGGACUCACCGUCAACCCCCGCGACCCUUCUUUUACUCCGGGAGGCUCAUCUGGCGGCGAAUCUGCUCUCCUCGCAUCGCAUGGGUCUCUAGUUGGCUGGGGAACUGAUAUUGGGGGUUCUAUUCGCAGCCCGAGUAGCAUGAUGGGAUUGUAUGGCCUCAAACCAAGUCACGGACGUCUUCCCUAUUACAAUGUAUCUGUUUCAACCGAAGGACAAGAGCACGUUCCAUCGGUAGUCGGUCCCAUGACGCGGUCUCUCUUCUCCUUGACAGAGGUCACCAAGUGUGUCAUUGACAGCGAACCUUGGAGAUUAGAUCCUCGCUGUGUGCCUAUUCCAUGGAGACAAGAAAUGUACGAGGACAUGCUCUCGCGACCACUGACAGUCGGCCUCAUCACUGAUGAUGGAGUCGUCCGGCCCCAUCCACCGAUUCGCCGAGCUCUGACUCUCCUCGUCGAGAAGCUCAAGCAGCAAGGCCACGAGAUUAUUCCUUGGGAUACGACCGGUCAUGCGGACUUUAUCGCCGUUCAAGAUCAAUACUAUACCGCUGAUGGAGGCGAAGACAUCCGUCGCGACAUCGCCGUCUGCAACGAGCCCUUCCUUCCCUACGUCCAGGCUCUCGUGGACAGAGGAGCCCCAAUCUACGUCUACCAGUACUGGCAACUCAACCGUCAGAAGGUAGCUCAUCAAAGAUGUAUCUGGACAGGUGGAACAGCACGUGCGGACCUUCUGGACGGAAAGUUGAUGUGCUUCUUGCCCCGGUCAUGCCACAUCCGUCGAUGGGUGGGAUACACCAAGGUCUGGAACUUCCUGGACUAUUCAGCCAUGGCUUUCCCCGUGACCACUAUUUCCAAGGAGACGGAUGUGGUAGAUGUAGGGUAUGAGCCCCGAAAUGCUACGGACGAGUGGAAUUGGAAACUGUAUGAUCCGGAGAGAAUGGAUGGACAUCCCCUUGGACUGCAGAUUAUUGCACGGAAGUUGGAGGAGGAGAAGGUUUUGGGUGCAGCGAAGGUGUUUGAAAAUGCUUUGACUGCUUAG